AUGUGGCGCGGAUCACGGCUGGCGUGGCUUCCUUCUCCGGCGAGAAACUACACCACCGCUUCUCGAGACGUGCCAAAGAGCCAGUUGCAGCUUUCUGGAGCGACUGCUUUGUUCAUUGCUGCCAAACUUGAGGAAGUCAUGCCUCCUCGGGCCCAAGAUUUUGCGUACGUUACUGAAGGAGCUUGCACUGAGGACGAAAUCCUUCUCCAUCAACGCACGAUGAAUCUGAAACUGGGCUUCCCUUUGUACCCUUUGACUGCGAAUACUUGGUUGGACCUGUUCUUGCAAAUCGGCACAUGCAGGAAAGGAAAAGUGGAGGAAUUGCCCACGAUUCCGAACGCUUUGCCUUCAGAUAUUGUUGAGCUGAGUCGCUUGAUCGAGUUUUCGCUCAUGGACCUUCGAUGUCAUCAGUUUUCCUAUCGUCAUGUCGCAGCCAGCGCCAUUUACUUGCCGAAAAACGCUGAAAUGGUCAUUCGUGUUUCAGGUUUGAAAUACGAGGAUCUCAAGGAAUGCAUCACAUUCAUGGAGCCCUUCUUCGAUGUGAUUCUUCAAAACGGGCCUGCGAAGUGUCACUUCUUCGAAAAUUAUCCCCGCAAAACUGCCAAUGUCCUUCAGACGAAGAACACCAAUUACAACAUGGUGGAAUUAUCAAUUCUGUUCGGAACUCGUGCGCAAGUGUUGAAGAAUAACAUUUUGAAAAUGGUGAAGAAACGCGCGUGUGAUGGCGAAGUGAAGAAACCAACGCGUUCCCCGGGUGUGAUGCGUUUCCACGGCCAAGUGAUUGAUCAGAAGAUGCUGUUGAAAUUCGUGUGGGCCUUGCAGACCCGUGGCUAUGAGAGACUCGACCAGGUCGGCAUUGACCUGGGUUUCAAACCUGGAGAAGCACAGGGGAUCCUACAACAUUUGGCAUCCAGGAUCAAGAAGCAAGACUUGAGGAAUCGCAUGGACGUUUACUCGGUGUCCACGUUCCCAGAGCAUUACGACGAGAUUUGCGAGAUGUUGCAUCAGGAACAUCUGAAGCGGUCUGGACAAAGUGCUAAUUUAUCGUCAAAUGCUUAUGCUGAAGUUCUGGAUCUCGCCGCAAAAUAUGGUCGUUUCCCUGUUCCGAAGGAUUGCGGAGGAGUUGACUACAAAGUCAUAUGCUCCUACCUGGCAUCGUGUCUGCGAGGAAAUCCACCGCCGGAGUUGAGCAUCGAGUCAUCAUCAGCCCUAUUGAAAGCCACCAAGAAAAUGCAGAACAGUGCCAACAAUGCGUCUGCGUUCAGAGACAAUCUCGUGAAAAGAGUUGAAGAAGCGUUGGACAAGUUCCGAGGCGAUCAAAAUGAGAGACCGUCUGAGGCGGAACAAGACCUUCUCGAACCUGAGCCGGAGUUUUUGGAUGCAACUGGUUGUGUUGGAGAUGAGGUUCUAGCUGCUCUGGCUGCUUCACCUGGACUGAAUCCGUUGCGAAUGCCCGUGGAAGAAAUCAAACUGUUGUGAAGAUCCGUGCCACGUUGUGUUAUUGUCGAGAAGGUGAGCCAAAAAAUGUUUUUUUGCACUUCCUCCUGUGUGUAUUUUCCUUUUUCCGAAUUCGAGAUGAUCUGUGUAAGUUUCCUGCAAGUGAAAUGCUCAAAUGUCUAUGUCUCGUGCUCCAGCGACGAAUUUUUCUGGAAUCAAAAAUUUAUCACGAAUUAGAAGACCAACUGAGCUUUAUGUGACGCGAAAUAGUGUUCCUUAUGUGUGAUUAAACUUUCUCCACAAACUAAGUUGUAUGUCCAACGCUGACUUCGUGUGAGGUGUUUUAGAUUGACAUUCGUCGUGCAUUAUUAGACCGAAUUUCUUCUCCAUCUAAAGUCGGUAAAGCAUACCUUCAUAACUAUCAUAAGUGAGUGUUCUUUGACGCGGGAAUGCAACGUGUUCGUGAUAAAAGAGAAAAUAUGGUGCAGUGAAGCUGUUUCGCAGAACCAGAUUUUGGACUGUGAACUUCCCAAUGCCUUGAGUACACGGAAAAUCAAUUGGUGAAUCUACCGACUAUUGUGCCAGGGAAUAACUUAGUGUGUUGAAGGCGGGAUUUAGAGUGGGAUGUAAGUUUCUACUUUCUGAAGCAGGUGUCGCAUGUAGUGUCCGCUUGGCACUCAGAUUCACGAUUAUAUGUUCGAUCGGCUUUUUGUCAACUAAUGUCCUUAACAGUUGUGUGC